AUGGCCACCUUCACCAUGGUCUCUCUCUCUAAUCCACCCUCCGGUGUUGCCCAUCAACAUUGUCCCAAAUGGCGACUCGGCGCUGCUUCUUCUGCUUCUGCUUCCUCUGCUGCUCCCGGCGUCGACCUCACAACCCUCCAAUCCGCCAUCGAAAAGAAAGAUAGCGGUGCGGUUAAAGAGGCACUGGAUCAGCUCAAGGAAGCUGGUUGGGCUAAGAAAUGGAGUUCUCAGCCCUAUGUCUCUCGGCGUACGACAUCUAUUCGGGAACUGACAACUCUUGGAAUUAAGAAUGCCGAAACUCUUGCAGUUCCAAGCGUCAGAAAUGAUGCAGCAUUUCUUUUCACCGUUGUGGGAACAACCGGAUUCAUAGGUCUUCUUGCUGGCCAGCUUCCAGGGGAUUGGGGCUUUUUUGUGCCAUAUUUGGUUGGGAGCAUCUCUCUAGUAGUUUUGGGUGUGGGAAGCACUUCCCCUGGGCUUCUUCAAGCAGCCAUAUCUAGCUUUUCAUCAUUUUUCCCAGAUUACCAGGAGAGAAUUGCCAGUCAUGAAGCUGCUCAUUUUUUAGUUGCAUAUUUGCUUGGUCUUCCUAUUCUGGGUUAUUCUCUAGAUAUUGGGAAAGAGCAUGUCAAUCUCAUUGAUCAAAGGCUGGAAAAGCUGAUAUACAGUGGGCAGCUUGAUGCAAAGGAACUAGACAGGUUGGCUGUGGUAGCAAUGGCUGGACUCGCAGCAGAAGGUCUGAAGUAUGACAAAGUGAUUGGGCAAUCCGCUGAUCUUUUCACCCUUCAGAGAUUUAUCAACAGAAGCAAGCCACAGAUUAGCAAAGAUCAGCAACAAAAUCUUACUAGAUGGGCUGUUCUAUUUGCUGGCUCCCUCAUAAAAAACGACAAGGCAAUGCAUGAAGCCCUGAUAGCAGCAAUGUCAAACAAGGCCACCAUUUUGGAAUGUAUUGAAGCAAUCGAGAAAGCUGCUUAGUACUACAGCCUUCUGAAGCAGUGAAGCAGAUUCACUUUCACACGGGUCAUCAUGCCUUUUCCAAU